AUGCCUUCCAACAUUACAGGAACCCGAUAUUUUACUCCACCUAGGCCUAUUGGCGAGACCUUGGUCAACUCCUCGCAGCCUGCCCAGCCGUACCUGAACGGUCAGAAGAUGAGUGAGAAGCAGGAGGAGCAGGCCUCCGAGGCCCCAAAGGAGUCAAAGGACUCCCCGCCCCAGAAAGAAAAAGAACCCUCUGCGACCAAAGAGUCUCCCAGGCCUGGCAUCACCUUCGCCGCGCAAGACAAGCUGACCAAACUCCCCAUUCCAGACCUCGAGUCCACGAUCAAGAAAUACCUCGAAGCUCUGCUGCCUUUACAGUCCUUCCAGGAACACCAUGAGACUCGAGUUGCUGCCCGUGAUUUUGUCGAAAACGAGGGCAAGGAACUUCAAGACCGCUUGAAGAAGUAUUCGACGGGCAAAACGAGUUACAUUGAACAGUUCUGGUACGACUCGUAUCUCAACUACGACAACCCUGUCGUACUAAACCUCAACCCAUUCUUCCUGCUUGAGGAUGAUCCCACCCCUGCCCGAAAUAACCAAGUCACAAGAGCUGCCUCCCUGGUCGUAUCGGCCCUCUGCUUUGUCCGAGCGGUCCGCCGAGAAGAGCUGCCACCCGACAAACUGCGAGGCACUCCAUUGGACAUGUAUCAAUACUCCAGGCUGUUUGGCACCGCUCGAGUCCCUACCGAUAACGGUUGUAUCAUUGGCCAGGACUCCGACUCCAAACACAUUGUGGUCAUGUGCCGAGGCCAGAUCUAUUGGUUUGACGUCCUCGACCAGAACAAUGAUGUGAUCAUGACCGAGAAAGACCUUGCCAUCAACCUCCAGGUCAUCGUUGACGACGCCGAGCAAACCCCCAUACGAGAGGCGGCUAAGGGUGCCGUUGGAGUCCUCACCACAGAGAACAGAAAGACGUGGUCGGGAUUGAGAGACCUCCUCACCAGAGAGGAAGGUUCCAACAAUGCUGAAUGCCUUGGCAUCAUCGACUCAGCCCUAUUCAUCGUCGGCUUGGACUAUACCGAGCCAGCUGAUGUAUCACAGUUAUGUGGAAACAUGCUUUGCGGCACCAACGAGAUUGUGCAAGGCGUCCAGGUCGGCACCUGUACGAAUAGAUGGUACGACAAAUUACAGAUCAUUGUCUGCAAGAACGGAAGUGCUGGCAUCAACUUCGAGCAUACCGGCGUCGAUGGCCAUACUGUCCUUCGAUUCGCCAGUGAUGUAUAUACCGAUACCAUCUUGAGGUUUGCAAAGUCCAUCAAUGGCCAAGCACCUUCGCUAUGGUCAACCAAUAGUCCAGAUCCUUCUAAACGUGACCCAGAAAGCUUUGGUGAUGUCAGCACCACUCCACACAAGCUUGAGUGGGACAUGAUCCCGGAGUUGCAGACGGCACUCCGAUUUGCAGAAACGCGGCUUGCUGAUCUGAUCAACCAGAACGAGUUUCAGACCCUAGACUUUGCAGGAUACGGCAAAAAUUUCAUCACAUCCAUGGGCUUCUCACCGGAUGCCUUUGUGCAGAUGGCGUUUCAAGCUGCAUACUAUGGACUGUACGGUCGAGUGGAAAAUACAUAUGAGCCAGCCAUGACCAAAAUGUUCUUCCACGGUCGAACGGAAGCCAUCCGUACCGUCACGCCAGAAAGUGUGGAGUUUGUCAGAACGUUCUGGGCAGAUACCGCCGCCCAGAAAAAAGUGGACGCUCUCAAAGCAGCCACGACAAAACACACGGCUACAACCAAGGAAUGCAGCAAUGCUCAAGGUCAUGAUCGUCAUCUCUAUGCGUUGUAUUGUGUCUGGCAACGUAAGGUCAAUGAUGAGGGUGCCGAAGCUGCUAGCACGACGGGUUUCAGCUCUAACGGAUAUUCAAGCCCUACCGACAUGAGUGACAUGGGAAGUCCGAAACGACUUGAAGACUCCUCGUCUCCUAUCAGUCGUUCUCGGGCGGGGACUGACUCAAGUCGUUCGCCAGGGCCACCGCUACAACACAUGCCCAUGCUUUUCAGUGAUGCAGGAUGGGAGAGGAUCAACAAUACCAUCUUGAGCACUUCCAAUUGUGGCAACCCAGCCCUGCGCCAUUUUGGUUUUGGCCCCGUGUCAGGCGAUGGCUUCGGCAUCGGCUACAUCAUCAAGGACGACUCGAUCUCAGUGUGCGCCAGUAGCAAACAUCGACAAACCAAGCGAUUUGUGGACAGUUUGGAGUCUUACUUGAAUGAAAUCCGUAGGUUGCUCCGAGCGACAAGAUCUAAAGACACAGCGGUUGGGAAAGUCACUCGCGCUCGUGAGGCGGAAGACAAGGUCGGCAAAGAUGGUAGACUCAAGUCUCGUGGUCGGGCUAUCAAGACCGAAUCAACCAGAAUGGACGGUGCACAAACUCCAACCAGCAUGGACACCGCAGAAGUGGAAGAUGAUGGAUUGGGAGGAUAUGGGUUCUUUGAUGCCGGCAUGCUGUUGCAAGCACUGAAAAAGGAUCAAACCAAGCCGGCCGAUCAGCUUGCUCAAAGACGUCGCACAGUUGGCAAAAAGCUGGCGUUGACCGAAUAUUGA